UCAUGUGAUUUAAAGGGGACAGAACACAAUUCAGAACCGUGUUCUUUUUUCUUUUUUUUGCUAGCAUAUUAGUUAUUUGUUUUUAAAAUGAAAAUCGUUACGCAAGGAGCCUGGGGUCGUCUUGCAAUGAAAACUGAGAAAUCACCUCUGCUGUGUAAGAUGGAAACUCUCUUUUACUGAACUUUAUGCCCAGUCUUUGGCUUGGCAGGGCAGUGAGGACACUCAGCAGAUCAUCUGUGCCAAAACUUUGUAAGGAAACUUCAUUCAGAGCAACACUAAAUCAUCAGUCGCUCCAGUGCUCGAGGACUCUUAUAUUUUCGUGGGGCUUUGUGUCUAGCCCCAGUGGCAUCGUUUUCUGUGUGCCACAAAUUCGACAGUUUAGUCUCAGCUCCGGCUCUUAUUUCCACGUUUCUUGGCCUGAGUGGCGAAGUGAACGACCAGUCAUGGCAGAGCAGAGAUACUGUGUGGAAUAUGCCAAACGUGGCACGGCUGGCUGCAAGAAAUGCAAAGACAAGAUCAUGAAGGGGCUGGUCCGGAUUGGCAAGAUAGUGCCAAACCCUUUUAGUGAGUCUGCAGGGGAAAUGAAGGCGUGGUACCACGUGAAGUGCAUCUUUGAGAAGCUUGAGAGAGCACGCGCCACCACAAAGAAGAUCGACGACAUUACAGAGCUGGAGGGAUGGGAGGAACUUCAGGAUGAGGAUAAAGAACUAAUCAAUAAACAUGUUUCAGAACUGGCAGGCAAAGCCAAUGCAUCUCCAAAGAAGAAAGUGCAAGCAAAGUUAAACAACAGUGGGCAGCUGUCAGCACCGCUAGCUGAUCCAACAGUCAAUGCUCCUCGCAAGUUUUCUGGCUUCACAGCUAACAAGGCAGGUUCCUCUUCCUCCAGUCCUGGACCAUCUUCAGCCAAACCCACUCAGGGUAGCUCUUUAUCAGCUCAUCUAUGUGACCCCAACCAUAAAGACUGUUUACUGCGGGAGUUCCGCAAACUUUGUGCCUUAGUCGCAGAGAAGUCCAGCUAUAACGCAAAGACAGAGAUCAUCAGAGACUUCUUAACGAAAGGCUCUGGUGGAGACAAAUUCUGCGGAGAUUUGUACCUGACAGUAAAGCUUCUCCUCCCAGGAGUGGUUAAGAAUGUCUACAACCUCAGUGACAAACAGAUUGUCAAGCUUUUCAGCCGCAUAUUGAAUUGCAGUCAGGAUGAGAUGGUGCAAGACUUGGAACAGGGAGAUGUUUCAGAGACGGUGCGGAUAUUUUUCGAGCAGAGCAAGUCUUUCCCUCUAGCAGCCAAGAGUCUUCUGACUAUCCAAGAGGUGGAUGCUUCACUGAGCCGUCUAUCCCAACUCACAAAGGAGGAUGAUCAGCAGGCAGAGCUGCAGGACAUUGCUAAAAAAUGCACCGGAAAUGAUCUGAAGUGUUACAUUCGUUUGGUCAAGCAUGAUCUGAAAAUCAACUCUGGGGCUAAACAUGUUUUGGAUGCUGUGGACCCCAACGCCUAUUAUGCCUUCAAAGCCUCCCGUAACCUUGGUGACGUAAUUUACCGGGUGCUACGGAACCAGCAGGAUACUUUUAAUGGAACAGGGCCCAGAAAGAUCCUCAGCGUGGAGGCGUCUCUGAUGACCCCCGUACAGCCAAUGCUGGCAGAAGCAUGUAAGUCCAUUGAGUAUGCCAUGAAGAAGUGUCCUAAUGGGAUGUAUUCUGAGAUCAAGUAUGAUGGUGAGCGUGUGCAGGUCCAUAAGAACGGCAAUCACUUCAGUUACUUCAGUCGAAGUCUCAAACCAGUACUCCCACACAAGGUCGCACAUUUUAAAGAUUUCAUACCGCAGGCAUUUCCUGGUGGCCAUAGCAUGAUCCUUGAUGCUGAAGUUCUUCUUAUUGAUACAAAGACUAGCAAACCGCUGCCUUUUGGGACUCUUGGAGUACACAAGAAAGCAGCUUUCCAGGACGCUCAAGUGGGUCUGUUCGUGUUCGACUGCAUUUAUUUUAAUGGUGUCAGUCUCAUGGACAAGCCUCUCUGUGAGAGAAGAAAGUUUCUCCUUGACAAUAUGGUGGAAGUUCCUAACAGGAUUCUUUUCUCAGAAAUGAAGCAUGUCACGAGAGCUGCUGACCUGGCAGAAAUGAUCACACGUGUCAUCAGAGAAGGACUGGAGGGGUUGGUUCUGAAGGAUAUCAAGGGACAUUAUGAACCAGGCAAACGACACUGGUUGAAGGUGAAGAAGGACUAUCUGAAUGAAGGAGCAAUGGCGGACACCGCUGACCUUGUGGUGCUUGGAGCUUUUUAUGGCAAAGGCUCAAAUGGUGGAAUUAUGUCCAGUUUCCUCAUGGGAUGCUAUGACCCAGAAUCCAAGAAGUGGUGCACUGUGACCAAGUGUUCAGGAGGCUAUGACGACACCACGUUAGCCAGACUGCAGAAGGAGUUGGACGUUAUCAAAAUUGGCAAGGAUCCAAGCAAGAUCCCAGGAUGGUUGAAGAUCGUCAAGAGCUAUUACCCAGAUUUCAUUAUCCGAGAUCCAGAAAAAGCACCAGUUUGGGAAAUAACAGGAGCAGAGUUUUCCAAAUCAGAAAUGCACACUGCAGAUGGCAUAUCCAUCCGCUUCCCACGAUGCACUCGAAUGCGAGACGACAAGGAUUGGAAGACUGCCACUAACCUUCAGCAGCUCAAGGAGCUGUAUCGUAUUUCAAAGGAGAACUGUGAUUUUGAGGUGACAGCUGGUCCGUCCAAAACUAGCCAAAAUGACAAGAGCUCCUCAGGAGGCGAGAGUGGAGGAAGCUCUCCCUCUAUAUCUCAUGGAGCUUCCACAGCUAACAAGACCAAAAACGGUCAUACUCCCAAAGCAAAGGCAGUGAAAACCGAAUCAUCUUCGCCAGCAGUUAAGAGGAAACUACCCACAGAGAAACAAGAUGCCAAGAAGAUAAAAACCGAACCUGUUUACAGCAAUGGACAAAGCAAAUUGCAGACCGUUCAAACAACUGACACAAAGAAUGAAAAGACACUACUGGACAUUUUCACAGGUGUGAAGCUCUACCUCCCAGAGUCAGUGCAGGACUUUGAGCAGCUUCGGCGCUACUUCCUAGCUUACGAUGGAGAUCUGGUGCAUGAGUAUGACUCCGUUUCAGCCACACAUACACUGGGAGAGCCAGAGGACGACAGUCCGGCUCAGAGGGUCACCUCUAACUGGAUCUGGGAAUGCAUCCGAAAGAGGAGGGUGGUUCCUCCAAGCUGAAUGAGGUAGAGAGACUGCAGGAAGGACACUACCACUAAGCUCAGGCAUUUUGUCCUAUAAUGACAUUGUUCAUUACAGAACAUUAAACCUAUUUCAUCAGACCUGCAGCUACAGCAUUAAUGCUGUCGUUCAUGACAGAGUUGAAUAAACAUUUUUUAAAAGGUGUCACAAACUCAUGUUUUUGUUCGCUUUACCACAUUGUGGUAUUACACACAUUGUACUAGAAAACAGUCAGUUUAAUAGCUUUUCAAGUUGGUUUUGAUAUUAUUUUUCUCUAUGAAUUUGCAUAUUUAUAAUUUUUAAACUGUUUUCGGUGUCAUUGACUAGUGCUGCCACUCAUUUCAUAAGCAUAUUCUUGAAAGAGCUCAAUACAUGUAAUGAUUUUGAUGACUUCAUCGUGAUAGUGUCAUUUAUCUGUUUUGAAAAGGAUGUUUGUAUGGAGUACGCUCUUGGGCACAGGACGAUUGAUUAACAAUACAAUAGUAACAGCCAUAAGGCAUGAUUGUGGAAUGAAUAAUUGUGUAGAGUAAAUUGGGUAAGAGCCCUCUAGCUGGUAGUAAUAAUGGUAGCUGGUAAUGGUAGUUGUGUGUAAUUUCAACUGUUACAAUCAUUCUAAUUAAAACAAGCCUUUUAUGAACAAAGAAAUUGAUUCGUGCCUGAAUAGAGUCGGUCUAGCGUGCAAUGGGGGAGUGAUUGUGUGAGUGUCUGUAUAACAUGAGGACAAUUUUAAGCAUUGGAUUUGUUCUCCUUGUCUAAUCCGGAAGGUGCACUCAGUCAUUUUUGGAGUUAUACUGACACACAGAGGUGAGAUGCAGAAUAAUGCAAAAAGUAUUUUGUUUUUCCAUUGAAAAUGGUUAGUGGGGUUCAUUUUUACUGUUGGUACUGAGGAAAACAAAUCUAUUUUUAAGAGAUAAUCAUUUCCCAGUUUGAUUUAGAAAAUAAAAAGAUGGCAACUAUGCAGUUUUUAACAAAAAAAAAAAAGAAUGCAAGUUCUUUUUGACUUCAUUAAACAGGACAUUUACAAAAGUUAAUUAAAAAAAGAACUUAUCACUUGUCAAAGACCACAACGGAAACAUUUUG